AUGCGCGUUCUGUUAAACAUCCAGGCGAUUCCUAAGGCUUCUCCCGCCGAGAUCAAGCACCUAAUCUCCACGGUGAGUCAGGCCGCGCGUUCGUUCAAAUCGAUGGACCGGCCCGUGGACCAGUGGGAUGAUUGGUUCGUCCACAUCCUGGUGGAAAAGCUCGACGCUGCCACGCGCUUAUUGUGGGAAUCGUCUCUGGAAUCGGGCAACGAUUUCCCUCGCUUCAGCGAGCUGCUGGAUUUUCUUCAGACUCGUGUCCGCGCACUCGAGUCGACCGGGGUGAAAUCCACGCAGUCGUCGCCUUCAAUGCAACCGUCGGCCACGAAGCCGACCCGGAAAGGCGGGUGCAAUCAAAAGCAUCACACGCUGCUCCAUCCGGCGGACGGUGCAGAGCUCAAAGGGGUCUCCACGGCAGUGGCUCCUUCCGACCCCGGGACUUCGUCGACCACGGACGCGUCCUCCGACAAGACGGCUUCCUCGACGGUGGCCGCGCUCUCUACGUCCACGAACAGCCGAGUACUGUUGGUAACGGCCCGUGUAAACUUGAUCGUCAACUCGGGGCGCGUGAUCAACGUGCGGGCCCUCUUGGACUCCGGAUCCGAGGCAUCUUUCGUGUCCGAGCGUGUAGCUCAACUUCUUCAGCUCCCGCGGCAGAAGGUGCGAGUGACCGUAUCCGGUCUACAGGGCACGGCGACGGGCACGGCUUCGCAUGUCGUCUCGCUGAUGGUCGGCUCUCCGCAAUCGCCAUCCUUGCGAAUCGCAGUUCCGCGAGCCCUCGUCCUGCCGAAGCUCACUUCCCUCCUGCCAGGAGAGCGCGUGGAGCUUGGCGACUGGCAGUUCUUGGAAGGUUUGCCGUUGGCGGAUCCGGAAUUCUCCAUCCCUGCCGCGGUGGACUGCAUUCUGGGCGCUGACCUUUUCGGUAUGCUGCAGGAGGAGGGCCCGAACGUCUCGUCGCUUCAUGCAACCGUCUGUUGCGAUCUUCAUGAAGAUCUUCAGAAAUUCUGGGAGCUGGAGCGGGCGCCUGCGGAACAGAUCCUCACCCCGGAAGAUCAGGCCUGCGAGGACCUCUUUCGGGAGACUACCGUUGUGUUUCAUUGGCUGCGCGCGCAUCCCUCCAAAUGGCGGAUCUUUGUCGCCAAUCACGUUAGCGAGCUCCAAGAGCUAGUGGCUCUGCACCGUUGGCGUUUCGUACCCUCACGGGACAAUCCGGCCGACGUCGCCACCCGUGGUCUGAGUCCAACAGAGCUGGCGAACCUGUCCCUCUGGUGGUUGGGUCCCUCGUGGCUCACCGGCCCGACUUUGGCCUGGCCGCAGGAGCGCAAGGAAGCCCAAGUAGAAAUCGAAGAGCAGGAGCUCCGCCCGGUUCAGGUUCUGGCCGCGGCGGUCCGCGCUCCGUCUCGUCGUUCUGCCUUCGAUGGAUUCGAGCCCUCCGGGACGCCGACCGCCCCGUCCAAGGCGGUAGUCUCACCACUGCCGAACUGCCGCCUCCGGUGGUUGCGCAUCUCGCAGCAGCACGAUUUCGGGGAGGAGAUUCGUCUGCUGUCGGACGGCCAGCGUCUCCCUCGCCGGUCGCCGCUACUGAGCCUCCGGCCAUUCUUUGAUCAGAAUGGCCUCCUCCGGGUAGGAGGCAGGCUGCAGGGCGCUUUACUGUCGUACGAGGAAAGGCACCCUGUGAUCCUCGCCAAAAGGAGUCAUCUCGCACUCCUCCUGGUUCGCGACGCCCAUGGGAGGUGUCUGCAUGCCGGGCCGCAGCUCACUCGGAGCGUGCUGGCUCGACGUUACUGGAUUCUUCAAUUCAACUCCUUGGUUCGAGCGGUCACUCAUCAGUGUGUGAAGUGCGCUCGCUACCGGGGCGACACUGCGUCUCAGCAGAUGGCCCACCUGCCGGAUGCUCGCGUCCGGCCAAGCAGACCUUUCUCGUCGGCCGGCGUAGAUUACGCCGGACCGAUUCGUUUUCGCGCCCACAAGGGCCGAGGACAGAAAACCCUCAAAGGCUAUAUCUGCCUUUUCGUGUGCCUGGCCUCUCGAGCCGUCCACCUCGAGAUGGUCUCAGACCUAUCCUCUGCGGCCUUCUUGGCCGCGUUCCAUCGCUUCACAGCUCGGCGUGGCCAUUGCACCAGACUCAUGAGCGACAAUGCUACAAAUUUCCGCUGCGCCGAUAAGGAGCUUUGCUCCAUGUUUCGUUCGGCCACUGACUUCUACGAGCAAUGCCGGGAUCAGCUGCUCGCCACUCUACUCUGUUUCAUCGAAGCGUGCCUCAAUUCGAGACCCCUACAUCCGCUCAGCAACUCACCUGCUGACCUCACUGCACUGACCCCUGGUCACCUCCUCAUAGGGGAAGCUCCGAUCGUAGUACCGGGCCCCCCAGCGGACCCGGACUCUCGUGGGCACGUCUCCAACCGGUGGACUCUGAUAUCUAAUCUCAAACAUCACUUCUGGCGCAGGUGGGCUGGAGAAUACCUGCACCGGAUGCAGCAGUUGCCGAAAUGGAGAGAGACCCGAGAUAAUCUCCAGUUAGGAGCCUUGGUCCUCAUCAAGGACGAGCUAACGCCACCGGCGAAGUGA